GCCCCGCUCGGAUUCCUCAGCUGUAGAUCCGCGGGACCGCCCGAUCGCGUCUGUACCUCAGCUUCACUCCCAGAUAACGGACUGCGCGUCUUUGCUCGUCUGUGUCAUGGCCUCCUCCGACGUUGCUCGCCAGCUGCAGGACAAAAAUGUCCGUCCUCUGUCCCUAUCCGGCCAUGUUGGCUUUGACAGUUUGCCAGAUCAGCUGGUCAACAAAUCCACGUGUCAGGGCUUCUGUUUCAACAUCCUCUGCAUUGGCGAAACUGGCAUUGGAAAGUCCACCCUGAUGGACACGCUCUUCAACACAAACUUCGAGAACUUUGAGUCUUCCCACUUUGAGCCAAAAGUAAAGUUGAGGGCACAGACGUACGACCUGCAGGAGAGCAACGUCAGGUUGAAGCUGACCAUCGUCAACACGGUCGGCUUUGGGGACCAGAUGAAUAAGCAGGAAAGCUACCAGCACAUAGUGGACUACAUCGACACCCAGUUCGAGUCCUACCUGCAGGAGGAGCUCAAGAUCAAGCGCUCCCUACAUAACUACCACGACUCACGCAUCCACGCCUGCCUCUACUUCAUCGCCCCUUCGGGCCACUCGCUAAAAUCUCUGGACCUGGUAACCAUGAAGAAGCUGGACAGCAAGGUGAACAUCAUUCCAGUCAUUGCCAAAGCAGACACAAUCUCGAAGAGCGAACUCCACAAGUUCAAGAUUAAGAUCAUGAGUGAGCUUGUCAGCAACGGUGUCCAGAUCUACCAGUUCCCCACGGACGAUGAGACUGUGGCAAAGAUCAACACUGCCAUGAACGGACAUUUGCCCUUUGCUGUGGUGGGCAGCACCGAGGAGGUGAAGAUUGGGAACAAAAUGGUGAAGGCCCGACAGUACCCCUGGGGGGUUGUUCAGGUGGAGAACGAGAACCACUGUGACUUUGUGAAGCUGCGCGAGAUGCUGAUCUGCGUGAACAUGGAGGACCUGCGGGAGCAGACGCACACACGCCACUAUGAGCUGUACCGCCGCUGCAAGCUCGAGGAGAUGGGCUUCAAAGACACGGACCCCGAGAGCAAACCUGUCAGUCUACAGCAAACCUACGAGGCCAAGCGUCAGGAGUUUCUGGGGGAGCUUCAGAAGAGAGAGGAGGAGAUGAGGCAGAUGUUUGUCCAGAGGGUGAAGGAGAAAGAGGCAGAGCUGAAGGAGGCAGAAAGAGAGUUGCAGGGAAAGUUUGAACAACUAAAGCGACUGCGCCAGGAGGAGAAGAACAAGCUGGAUGAAAAGGCCAAGAUGCUGGAAGACGAGAUGAACGCGUUCAGCAAGAGGAAAGCUGCCGCAGAGCUGCUCCAGGCCCAGUCCUUCAGCACCAACGUCAACAUUAAGAAGGACAAGGACCGCAAAAACUCCGGCUUCAUGUGAAGAAAGAGUUGGUCGCAACCCCUCAUUAUAUACGGAACAGUAAAUACUGAAAAGCAUCCCUUUAUUGCAUUUACCCUUCUUAAUGUCACACGGACAUCGUCCGUCUCUGGAUGUCUUCCCAUUUCAUAUGUCUUCUGUACAGCGGUGUUUUUUGCGUGAUACUUUUCGAAGGGCACUUUCAUGAGUGAAGACCUCGCAUGCUGUUGUGUUUAAACAAAGAACCCAGCUGAGGUUCAUCGGGUACAAGGUGAGUCUCACAGUGCACCUGGUGUUACAAUUUGUGCUACAUGUCCAUUUCCUCAUUUUAACUAUUUUCAUAAAUUUUUGCUUCCAUCAUGGAGUAAGUGAGGUGGAAUUGAGAAAAUAUUAACUUGAUGAACCGUACAAAUACAAAUGAUUUUUUUAAAAAAAUGUAUUUUUGUAUUCCAAGCAUAUGUUGACCAAAGAAUUUUGGAUAUGAAAACUGAGCAGUUGAAAUGCCCUGUUUGGGAAGUGACUUCUGAGCUUACAGCACAUCAGUCAUGGUGCUAGGCAGCUACUGCUAGAAGGGAAGAUCUGUCUUCGAACUGUUGAGAUAUUAAUGUUAUAUCUGACAUAUUUAUAAGGAAUACUGCCUUGAAAUCCCUUUGUGCCUUUAUUUCUCUAUAAAAGUAUUUGCAAAUGUUGGAUUCAUAAUUAAGAAAUACAGCUGCUCCAGUGGACUGUGUUAUACUAUGUACUGGUCACAAGUGGCCAAGCCUAAAACUAUAGUAAUAUACACUUUGAAUCCCUGUGUUUGAAGGAUGCUGUUCAUAAAUACUUAAUUUGAGUCUCAUAAUCAUGAAUGUGUUUUUGUACUUAAAUAUAUACAGAAUCAUGUAUUUAAUCAUAGUGUUUUGACCAACCAGCAAAAAUAAAUGUC